AAUAAGUUCCCCCCGUUUUUAUAGCUUUCUCUCAGCUUUGCCUUUUUACUUUUUGAAAGAACACUAAGCCAAAUCCCUGACCAGUGGUCUGUUUUUUUUGUGGGAGCCCAUAAAAUGUAGGAGGCCUCUAGGUCAUUCAAUUAAAGAGGAAAAUGAAAUGUAGGGGAAUAAAGAUGAACGCCACCAGUUGAAUGGGCCUAAUGACCAGCAGCGCGGAGUUGAGCAUCUCAUCAGCACCAGUCUGACCAACCAAUCACAGCGCUCCCCCACCGACGGACCUCUGUGAGGCCAGUCGCAGUUAGGCGGUGUAAUCUAUCUCGCUUGGAAAUUAUGAAGGGAACCAGCCUCAGUCAAUUCUAGACGGGGAAAAGUUAAAUUGGGCGAAUUUGAAAUUUUGAAUAGGCCUAUCUGACACCUGAAUUAGGCUACCGGGUGUUCUCCGGGAUAGUUGCACUCUAGUCUAGGCUAUAGCCUAACUUGCGCUAUACAACAAACGGAAUUUUCUGAGCCUGAUGGAGACACAUCAAGACCGAUUGAGAUCUGCGGCGCUUGUGAAAAACACGGGCAUUUAAAACAGGUGGCCGAUCCGGCAACAGUUCACGCUGUCCUGAUCAUCCUCUGCUACAAUAACAGGCUGCCAUCUGAGAAAGGCUGAGAUACAGUGCGCAGGCUCUCCCAGCGCUUUUCUCCAGCAUCGAACCCCAGAGCAACGCACAGUGGACACUUGGCCAACAUGUUCCAGGUUUGAUUGUAGAAGUGUAAACGCUGAAGACAAUUCUGCAAAUCAAGCUGAACGUUUAGAGGCGACAGAAGACAAAUUCUCCCGGAGAGAGCUCUUUUGGAACAUUAGUCAGUGGGAGAACUGAUGCUUUGUGUCUCUUAUUUUUCUCUCUGCUGAACUCUCCUCAGAAGGUCAGAGGAGCAUGUAACUGAAACAAGUGGAGCCCUCUGUUAUUUCAGCAUCCUUCUCCCCCCAUCUGUGCCUACAUUCUCUGCCACAGAUAGGGAUGUUUUGAUAAUUACAUAUAAUUAUAAUUUCUGUGGGAGACAGAUCUGCUUCUGUCUAUUAUUGCCAACACCUCCAACACAAUAACUUCACACAUUUACAUAUUUCUCGACAAAAGUGAUAUUCUUUGAACCUCGGAGACAAAUCAGGAAUAAUUUUACUCAGAGAGAUAUGUCACACGGAGAAGCAAAGUGCCAUUCAGUUCAUAUCUAAUUACUGAUACAGUUGAAUGAUGCGGGUGACUUUUUGUGCCUAAAAGCUGAACACAGAACAUUUCAAAUCCGUGACAUUUGUCUCAUUUUGCGAUGUAUUUUACAAGCUGGGAGUCGUUUCCUUGAUUUAUGCGUACUCCUAAUUUUCAGCUGUUACAGUCUUCUAGCACUUAAGCGGAGCCUCACUCAUUAUCACCCCCGGUCCAAUCACAGUAACAGUCCGUACCAGGCGAGUACUGAUGCACAAUAAUCCAACCAUAGAAAAGAUUGAGAUAAAUGGUGUAUCUAUAGACAUGAUGAGUGCCUAGAACAAGUUAACAUGGAGAUUAGUCUCUGCUCCAGAGAAACUAGGCAUUGUUAAUAAACAGUUUUCAUCAGUGGUACAGUCUGUUAAUUUCAUUUAAUAUUUUACAAUGCCAAAUAUAUGGAAAUAAUUACAGAUUUCAUUCAUUUUCCCAGAAAAUAAUUGCUUACAGCUUAAAUAAGUGCCAAUUCUGAAUGUAUGUAGUGCCAGACUAAAAUACAUCACCCAGGAAUAAACAAAACAGAUACAACUGUUUACAUUUGACAAACUACAGGCCAUAGACUAUUGUUCAAGUGCCAUGAUCAGCACAGGAAUGUAUAGGAUUGCCAUAUUGUAUUGAAAAUACUUGCGACUUAUUUUCACUGGCAUUUCUGGCUGCACGAAAUAAUUCCAUCCAGCAGUACGUCAGAUAUUAGUUGUUUUGUUCAGAGGGACAUGUAGAACAAGGCAUUAAGGACUAAAAGCAUGAAGAUUGUUGUUUUUAAUUUGUCUUUUUUACAAAGAUUCAUCCAUUUUAGUGUUCUAGACUUGAAAGGUGUUUGUGGAGGGCAAAAGAUGAAGUCAUUACGCAUUCAGAGUUACUUUGUAGCAGUAAAUUAAAAUCAUUUUAACACCAUUAUUGGCAAUUAUUGAAACCUGACAACAGAUUUUUUUGUUCCUGGCCUUUUCUAUUAUUACAUCACAUAAAUACUCAGUUACUAACCCAACAUACACAGGUUUCAAAUUUCAUCAUCCAGCAUUACUGAAUGAAACGUCUGACACAUCAUCAAUAUCCAGUAGGUUCUACGUGCUACUUGAAUAUUUCACAUGCCAUUUUAGUGGGUUAAACUGCAAAAGCGGAUACAGUCUUGUAACGGCAUUGACUCAACUACAGAAAAUAGAUCUCUUAGUCAUGUAAAAAUGACGCCCACCACCAAUCUCCGAGUUCUCGCUGUCUCCCUGCUCUCCCUGCUCUCCCUCCUUACUGCCCCACUUACCACUAUAGUGGAGACCUCUCCGCCCCCCCCUCCUCAGCACACAGACCGCUCAGGGAGGCCAUUCACCGAGCAGCCCAAGACUGGCCCCAGCCCCUCUCUCCUGCUCUUUGCCAUCCAGGCCAAUAUGAGACCAGCUGCUCUCCAAGGCAGGACCAAAACCCCUGAGAAACUUCCAGAAACCUCAGAGGGAGUUCUGGAGAUGCCUCCGAGACCCCUUCCCCAGGUCAUGUUCCCCAAGAAUGUGACUUCAGCGGAGGCCCUUGCACCUCCCUUAGGCGCCGCCCAGGUAGCACCCAUUCGACCACGCCUGAUGGAUGUAUGGAUGGAUGUAUGCCGGGGUUAUUAUGACGUGAUGGGACAUUUUGACAGCGCUUUCAACUGCUCAAAGGACACCUUCGUCUUUUGUUGUGGAACCUGCCACUACCGCUUCUGCUGUCCAGAGCGCAGCCGGCAACUGGAACAGGACAUCUGCAAGAACUAUGACUCUCCAGACUGGGCCAAGCCGCAGACAGACUCCAUGAUUAUAUCAGAGGAAUUAGGUCCUGACCCAGACUUCGAUCCACUGAAGCAGCAGAGCCACAAUACGGGCUUUGUCAUCGGAGGUGUGAUUGUGUUCAUGGUGGCUGUUGCGGUGGGCAUCAAGGUGGUCUUCAACAAGGUGCAACAGGAAGCCAACCAAAGGGACCUGAAUAUGCCAAGAGCUCUGGUUGACAUGUUGCGGCACCAGUCGAGCCCAGUCCAGCAGGAUGAGAGAAACAACAGUGUGGCUCUGGCUGUAGGGGACGGACAGGGGACACUGGGGAGAGCUCCAAAAAAUCUUUAUGCUCCAGGACUGCCCAGCAAGGACAACAGAUUGGGUAAUUUGCAACACAAUUUCAUCCACUCAUCAGGCUCCAGCCCCAAACACACUGCAACUAUCGAGCGCACCCCUCGAAUGAACAAUGCUCAGCUGGCAGCUGGAGGCACCCUGCUCUCCAGUAAGCACAACAACACCAAAUCCCAGCCUGCUUUCCACCACUCCCUGCACAACCUGGCUCAGCUGCCGCCCUCCUAUGAGAGUGCCACCAAGCCUGAGCUCAAUAGAUACUCCUCACUCAAACGCCUCGAGAAAGGUCUCGAUGAGUACUCGUCUGGUUACUGCACUACCAAGCGCCGGCCUCACACAGCCCAGCCGGCCCUGCAGUCCUCUCAGCACCACCUUCACUGGGGUGGAGACUACACCCUCAGUGGAAGAGGAACGCUCCCCAGGCAUGCAGCCCGUCCUUGGAUCCCGCCGCCACCUUCUGGCAUGCCUGCGUCACCCACCCCCAAUCCUUACCCUCUGGAUCCCCCGGAGCCACAGUACAACCCCAAUUACGACACUCUUUCCAAGCCGAGGAAAGUUAAGUCCUCUGACCAGCUGCUCAACAUGGGUGACGUCCCUGGCAACACGGGGACCCUGUCCAGGCUGUCCAAGAACCAGCAACACCAGUACUACAAAGCCAUGGCUGCCUCCAAUAAGAACUCCAACACGCAGACCCUCACAAGGAAGACCCAGGACAGGAGAGAGGAGAGACAGGAACGGCUGCUUAUGUCCCCGGACCACUUGGAGGAUAGGAUGGGGGUCGGCGGGAUGGGGGUUGUAGAUCCAUACGCUCACACAGGAGGGAUUGUCCCCACGCUGCCUCGGCAGCAGAAGGCCCAGUCCCAGCAGAACGUCUGCGCCACGCCUUCCCUCGACCGACACCACAUGAUCAAGAUGAACUCUCACCCAACGUCCGGGCGAGAGCAGGAGCGGAGUACCGCCAUGACAGGGCACAUGAGUGGGGGCAUGGGCUGGGCGGGGGAGAUGCCCGGGGCUGGGGUAGUCAUGGGAACGGGAACACUAGGGGGCCACAGCGCCAGGAGGAUGGCUUUUGCAGCGAAAAGGCAGAACACCAUUGAGCAGCUACAUUUCAUACCAGGAGGGGGCGGUGGGGGGUCAAGUGGAGGAAGUGGAGGAGGGAGUCAGGGGAUCAGGACGGGGAGUAAAAAUGAGGUGACGGUGUGAGGUUUGUGCCUAAUGUAGAGUUUAACCCUCAUCAAAGGUAUGGGAAUAGAUCACCUUUCUGCAUUUAACUAUUAGAUAUACAACUACAAGAAAUAAAACUAUAAGUAUAAAGUAUAGUAACAGUAUAAUGUGUUUAGGCUAUUCAAAUUAGUGUUAUCUUGUAAUUAAAUAGCUUAAAUAUGAUUGCUAACUUAAUUAAAUUUAGAUGGGGAAUAUCUGUUCCAACUAUGUGAUAGCCUACAUCAGCCAUAUUUUGUAACAAAAUUUGCCAUAUUGCCAUAUACAGCGGUGCCAUUACUUGUAAAAAGACUGACUAGAAGGGUGAAACAAAACCAACAGAAGUGUCGUUCAUAGUUUUGUUUUUUUAUAUGUUUUUCAAAAAGUACUCAGGAGCCAUAUUUGAUAGGGAACGGGACGAUAUAUAUAUAUAUAUAUAUAUAUAUAUAUAUAUAUAUAUAUGUAGACAUACAUUGAUAUAUAAAGAGGUUGAUGAAGAGGAGGUAUUGUAUCACAGAAUUUAAAAGAGAAUUGAGCCAACUACCUGCCGGACUGUCAACCUGCUCAGCCCUCACAACAGUCAUUUAUUAAACUGAAUUUCAUGGGUGACAAGCCCAUUGGACCAGAUGAGUCUGAAUGAACCAUGUGCCUGGUGGGGGAUUUUUUUGAGAUCUGACAGUCUGUUAAACCAGCCUCAUCCUGACACAGGGAGACAGAACUGAUGUGUGUUGCUUCUUGUAUGUAUAUGAGCAUACAUACUGACUUGGACACAGCAGCCUAAGACCACUGGCAGGACUCUGCGCCCGAUUUAAACUGCGGACGUACCCACAUUACCAAUCUGAUGCCUGGGUUGCCUAGUUUUCCAUGUGACCUUAGAUCAAAUCCGCAGAGGAACUCAAACUCUGAUUGCUGAUGUUAGAUUACUUUAUGGUUGAGUUUUCCCUAAUGUUCCCAUCUACAGAUCAGCACCUAUCUGUAAAACAACGGGCCACCAAAUAAUAUAGAGCCAUCUGUCACGUUAUUACAACAAAGUCUUGACAUAAACGUAGACGAGUCAGGAGAUAACAGAAUCAGACAUAUUUGUUCAGUUUACCAAUAAAAAGGCAACUUGCAUUAAUAUAGGUUGUGUACGAAGAGCAAAGGUUUUUCUACAGAGCACAAAUGAAUAGACCGUGACGUAGAGGUUGCACUUACACAACUGUCCUUCAAAGCCAUUUAUGGAGAUACAAAGAAAAUACCACAGAGGACGCUGGUCUGACAAUCACCAUUUUAUUAUUCUCAACAGGUGACAAAUUAUACAAGUCAGUGAUAUUUUGUACAGUCAAAGGAUUGGCUUCAGAGCGAGCCAAAAACCUCUGAGUCAGGAGAGAGGGCAACCUGAGGCCUUCUCCUGCUUGGCUCCAUAUGCCGUAAGAGACUCGGAUGGUUAGAAAGCCCUUCUCAUCCUCCAGACGAAGACCUUGCUGUAUCAUAACGCAUUUCAGCCAGUAUGAGUAAAACAAACAAACAAAAAAAAUGGAAAAGAGAAAAAAAAAACUUCAUCAAUAACAACGCUUAUCAAUACUAAGGGCUAUCCUAUCCUAUUUACUGUAUGUGAUAUCUGUGGUCCAUAUAAAAUGCUAUCUCUUUCUCUUGAUUUUGUGUUGAUAUUGUCAUGAUGUAUUAAAUAUUAAUGUGUACAAAAAACAAGAGCAAUUUAAGCACAGUUCAAAGAGAAACAGAGACAAAACUUUGCACAAAUCUUAUCCCCUGAUAUUUGCACCAGAUACAAACUUACUUUGUGUCGUGUCCUCAAGGUUUACAUUCUGUACAAGCACGGCUGUGUGACUGAUCAAUGAGAGCUAUUGUAGGUAGAGAGAGGAUUGUUUUUUAAUCACCAGAAAUCAGAAGUUAUUACACAGAUCAAAGAAGGAACUUGUUACGCUUGGUUUUAGUUCAGUCAUGUGAAAGGAUACAUAGAUGAAAUACUGAUAAACAGAAACACAUAUUUCAUUUGGACAAUCUUCCUAUACACAGUGCUAAAUGUAGUUGUUAUGAAUAUGAUGGAGUGUUAUUAUUAAUAAUUAGUAUAACUGUUAUGGUUAUUAUUAACAAUUAUCUUAUGAUGUGAUGUUCUUUUACUUGGUGGGAUUUAAGUGUUUAUUGUUUUUAGAUAACUAGCAUUCUCAUGACUAGUUGGUUUUUCAUACAUCUGGUCAUAAAUUCAAGUUUUUAAAAGCAUUCCAAAUCUUGAUGCAUGCGAGCUCCAUUUCAUUGAGAGGCAUUUACAAUUUGCCUGGAUUUUAAGGUCAUCAAUGCUUAUAUGGCCAGUUUUCCAGCUGUAUGUACUGUUCCUAGACAUCGGCCUUAUGACUUCUUGAUCUCAAGUGAUUACUUAGGUUUCCACUUAACAACAACAACAAAAAAUGUCUACUGAAAAAAUCUGCAGCCUUCAAAAGGUACAUGUAGAUGACGGUGUUUUAACAGCCAGCGAGUGAUAUAUUUUUGGAACGUGCCAGAAGUUAUUAACAUCACCAGACUGGAGGUAGUCUCUUGUCUCCGGUGCAGCAGCCUGACCCAAUAACACAUUAUGGGUUGUACACACUAAACCCAUGAUGCCAUAAUGUAUGUGUGUUCAGAUGAAUGUUUAUUACACAGGUUGGAGGGAAAUGGAAGUUGGUCUAAUGGAAACCUGAAUGCUUUGAGUGUAGUGUCUUUUUCAGGGAAAUAGGACAGGUGACAUACAGUAGUAUUAAUUUUUUUUAAUAGAGCCACAAAAGGUCUGUAGCAAAGUCUGUAAUAUCUCACAAGCCAUAUCCAUUGAAGCUCAUUAUCACAAUUUUAUAAAUGGUUAAUCUAAUUUGUGCAAGUAUUGUAUUUUGUAUAGCUAGUACAAUCAGAAUAUUUUGAGUGAUCUCUUUGACAUUAAUUUGAGGAUUCAACAAAUUAUGUGUUAGUAUUUAAUGAAUUGUACAGUGCCAAACUCAUAACAUUUUGUUGUCUUUCUAUCGUCAAAUAGCCUCCUACAAGACUACAGGGGCUAUUUACUUUCACAGCUGAGUAAUACACAGGCAAGUGAGCUAAAAAAAGCUAGUAAUCAGAAAGAAAUGAAUGAAUAUGGUGUUUGUUUUUACCAUUAUGAAUUCAUUUAGAGAGAAGAUGGUUAAUGGCCACCUGAAAUGUAAAGCAUUUCUAACAGUAAUUUGUACGGACAGGGACAGUGUCCAGUAAUGAGAUCAAUGGAUUUAUUUUCAUGCCUAUAAAUUUCAAAACAACCCUUUUGUUAUUGUUCAAUGCAUUGAUCCCCUUGGAUACGACAGUGACUUACGAAGAAUUUGUAUAAUAAAGUUGGUGGAGAAAAAAAA